CACUGUAAUGACAAACGAACGUUAUCGUAUGGUGCUUAACGAGCUUCAGUUUCGAUUACACUUUGCAACUCGACAGACAUCCCAUACCGCACGUUAUCUCAUUUCUCGACUUAGAUAUCGGACAUGCGACCGUUGUACAUCGUAAUUGCAUUGCUGCAUAUUUUCGCGAUGGGUGCCGAGGACAUGUGUAAUUGCGAGCACUGUGACGAGGAAAGAGUGAUCGGUUCAGGAGAGGAGACGACUACUGAGGCCAUGUACGCGGAGGACAGUGAUAAUGAUGGUAAUCGGACAAUUUGCGCCACGAAUCGUGAGUUUAACGAUCGCACGUUUCAAAGCGUCUGUUACAUGCUAUGUUACAAUCGUUGCACGAGAUAUCGAAUGGUGGCAGUUGAAGAGAAUGACGUGAAGAAGUACAUCGUAAUUGCAUACAGACCAAAUUACUAUAAAUUGCGAGACGGACCGUGCUGAAAGAGAAAAUUAUGUGCUUCAAAUGAAUCGUAAUGGAGAGAAAAGCUCGAUAACUAAAUAUAUACAGUUUGAACAGCAUUAUCGCGAAAUAUUAAAUUGUUUAUAUUGAUAUACGAAAAAA